GGUCUUCUGGCGGACCCAAUGGAGCUGUGGGAAGGCGCGGCCCGCUGCGGGCUUGGCAGCCUGUUAGGGCUCGCGGUCUUACCAUGCGGCUUAGCUGCCAUGUGAGUUCUUCUGCAGCCGCGGCGCUCAGGGGAACAGCAUGUCGACCACAGCGGCAGCUCGGAAGCGGGGAAAGCCGGCCUCCGGGCCCGGGGCCGCUGCAGGGGCCGGCAAGCGGCGGCGGAAGGCCGACUCUGCGGGGGACAGGGGCAAGUCCAAGGGUGGUGGCAAGAUGAACGAAGAGAUUUCCAGUGACUCCGAGAGCGAGAGCCUGGCUCCAAAGAGGACAGAGGAGGAGGAGGAGGAGGAGGAGGAGCUGGAGGAGACAGCACAAGAGAAGAAGCUACGCUUGGCCAAGCUCUACCUUGAGCAGCUCAGGCAGCAAGAGGAAGAAAAAGCUGAGGCCCGUGCAUUUGAGGAGGACCAAGUGGCAGGGCGCCUGAAGGAGGAUGUGCUUGAACAGAGAGGCAGGCUGCAGAAGUCGGUGGCAAAGGAGAUCCAGGCCCCAGCCCCCACUGACAUUCGAGUUUUACGUGGCCACCAGCUCUCCAUCACGUGUUUGGUCAUUACUCCUGAUGACCUGGCCAUCUUCUCUGCUGCCAAAGACUGUACCAUCAUUAAGUGGAGUGUGGAGAGUGGGCGGAAGCUGCAUGUGAUUCCUCGAGCCAAGAAGGGUGCUGAGGGGCAGCUGACUGGCCACAGCAGCCAUAUCCUCUGCAUGGCCAUCUCUUCUGAUGGCAAGUACCUUGCCUCUGGGGACCGUAGCAAGUUGAUUCUAAUUUGGGAGGCCCAGAGCUGCCAGCACCUGUACACCUUCACGGGACACCGGGACGCUGUGUCGGGGCUGGCAUUCCGAAAAGGCACCCACCAGCUCUAUAGUACUUCCUAUGAUCGAUCUGUGAAGGUGUGGAACGUGGCAGAGAACUCCUAUGUGGAGACACUGUUUGGGCACCAAGAUGCUGUGGCUGCACUGGAUGCCCUGAGCCGGGAGUGCUGUGUGACAGCUGGGGGCCGGGACGGGACCGUGCGAGUGUGGAAGAUCCCCGAGGAGUCUCAGCUUGUCUUCUAUGGCCACCAGGGCUCUAUUGACUGCAUCCAUCUGAUCAACGAGGAACACAUGGUGUCUGGUGCAGAUGAUGGCUCUGUGGCUUUGUGGGGCCUCUCCAAGAAGCGGCCACUUGCCCUGCAGCGUGAAGCUCAUGGGCUGCAUGGGGAGCCAGGCCUGGAGCAGCCCUUCUGGGUGUCUUCGGUGGCAGCCCUACUCAACACAGACCUCGUGGCUACAGGUUCUCAUAACUCCUGUGUGCGGCUUUGGCAGUGUGGGGAGGGCUUCCGGCGACUUGACCCUCUCUGUGACAUCCCUCUGGUGGGUUUCAUCAACAGCCUCAAGUUCUCCAGUUCUGGAGACUUCUUAGUGGCUGGAGUAGGACAGGAACACAGGCUUGGCCGAUGGUGGAGGAUCAAAGAAGCUCGGAACUCAGUCUGCAUCAUCCAGCUCCGCAGAAUCCCUGCACCUCCAGUCUCAGGCUCCUGACAUUUUGCCCUUAUUUAAGUGCUUCCUAGGCUCUGCUCCCCUUUUUGUAUUAAAGCCUCCCAUUUUGGAC